AUGAGACAUCCUAUGCCCGAUUUGAGAGAGGAGGUAAAGAAUGAGUUUGCCAGGGCAAACGUCCCAAUAGAAAAAAUAUCACGUACUUACUUAAUCGUCAUUUUCUCAAUCGGUUUGCAUCAUUUGAUCGCGUUCUGCACUCAUCGUCCGUUCCUCUUUCUAGCUAGUUCAAGUAGCUCAUGCCAGCUCGCAAUGGCUGUACGAGUAGAUGUUGAUGACUUGAUUGUUCGAUUAUUGAAUGUUGGUGUUCCUGGCUGCGCACUAGUUAACAAUGUCAAAGAAGCAGAGCUAAUGGUCUUAUGUCAGUCAGCAAGGCAAAUGUUCUUAAAUCAAACAUCCAUGUUGGAAGUGCAGUCGCCUAUCAAAAUCUGCGGUGAUGUUCAUGGGCAAUACGCAGACGUUUUACGACUUUUCGAUAGGGGUGGAUUUCCGCCCAUGGUUAAUUAUCUGUUUCUUGGUGAUUAUGUAGACCGCGGCCAUCAGAAUCUUGAAUGCAUAUCUUUAUUUUUUUGCUAUAAGAUAAAAUACCCUGGAAAUUUCUUCAUUCUACGAGGAAACCAUGAAUGUGCUCCAAUAAAUCGAGUCUAUGGCUUCUUCGAAGAAUGCAACCGGCGGUAUAACAGCACAAGACUAUGGCUUGGCUUCCAAGAAGCAUUCGCGGCAAUGCCAUUUACAGGACUUGUAGCUGGUAAAAUUCUCUGCAUGCACGGAGGAUUGUCUCCAAAGCUUAAAUCGUUGGAUCAGCUGAGACAGAUAACACGGCCGAUUGAUCCGCCAAAUCCCUCACUACAUAUCGAUCUCUUGUGGAGCGAUCCAGACCACUAUGUGAAGGGAUGGCAAUCAAAUACUCGAGGCGUCUCUUAUGUUUUUGGAGCAGAUGUUGUGAAUGACACGCUUCCACUUUUGGACAUUGAUCUUAUAGCUAGAGCACACCAGGUAGUACAAGAUGGUUACGAGUUCUUCGCCAAUAAACGGCUGGUUACUAUAUUUUCGGCGCCACAUUACUGCGGGCAAUUUGACAAUGCAGCAGCAAUGAUGAAUGUUGAUGAAGGAUUAGUGUGCUCUUUUCAGAUAAUGCGUCCAACAAUCAAAGCCAAUAAAGUAGUGGCUAGAAGUAGGAUUCUUAAAAUUGAGAAAUGCUUUCCAAGCUUUAUACGUUGGAGAGAAGAAAUGGUACUUCGAAGAAAGCAGGCUCGUGGGCGCCCGCCCAAAAAUCAAUCAUCAGAAUCACCUCCACCAAGAAGGGCCAAGGCUAUCGCGAAUGCUCAUAUUGCUGCCCUUAUGAUGGAUAAUGAAGGUCCUAGCGCAAAGGUACCGAAACUGGAGAUGAAUGGAACGCCUAAAGAAGAGGAACCUUCUUCCGCGAAAGUCAAGGAUGAGCCGGGUGCAAGGACCUCUGCAGACAAUCCUGAUACUUGCGCGAUAUGCCUUGGACAGAGAGUCGAUCCUACCGAACUGGAAAACUGUAUUCACUCUUUCUGCUUCACCUGUACUUCGCAGUGGUUCAAAUAUUCGGAGAAGUGUCCACUAUGCAUGAAACCAACGAAGACUUUUUAUCACAAGCCGGCCAACUCGGACGAGAAAGAAGCGGUUUCGGUGAGCGAAUUGCAUACGGCUGCUGAAGCGGCUCGAUUGGCUGAGCGGGGACUAUCGCAGCCGCCAUUGGACGAGCACGAGUGUAUUCGAUUGAGGAUCCGUCGUUUACAGCGAAGGCUUUCUUUGCUUCAGGCUGAAAUGAGCAAGGACAAUCGAGAAGAACGUAAGAACGAAUUUCGCGCCGCUAACACCCGUUUAGUCAAUGAGAUCAGUCGCCUUGAAAUGCUGAGAAGGGAUGCUACAACGAGGGCUGACCUUGUUGGCAAUGUCGUCUUUCGCUCUUUAAUAUACAAGGAUAACCUUGAUUGGAGCUCUAUUGAUCGAAAUGCAAAUAGGGUUGCCUUCUCGCCAGCAGUAUUCAGAGAAAAUGUUAAUGAUUCGACGAACAGGCUACGUGCGUUCUUGGAUCGUGAACUUCCUAUUGUUUGGCGUAGUAGGAAACCACGAGAAUCCAGAGAUCAAUACUACAAUCAUCGCGAUGUUGUCAUUCAAGACAUUUUUUCGUGGUGCGGCCAAUAUCAAAUCAAUUCCCCACAUUUUUCGAGGAAUCUCCGCACGGCUGGCAUUUAUCCCGGAUAUUUACAACGAUUUCAAUCUGAACUCUUCGAAUUUGCUAGUAGCAUGUUAUCUGUGAGGGAUUUCGAUAGUACCAGCACGUAUAGCUCUGCUGAAGUUCGGCGUAUGCUUGAGAGAAGGAAUCGUCGAGAAGGAAAUGCUGACGAAAUUGUUACUGUCAGCGACAGCGAUGACACCGAUACGGCGGUAAUACCUUUGGAGAAUGUACGAAAUCAUCAAGGACGUCGAAGAAACAGGAGUGAUGAUGAUAUCGUUGUGCUUAGUGAUGAUAAUUUAUCUAGGAGUCCCGCUGGGGAAAGUAACUAUAUCAGGGAUGAUCCAACAUCUUCCAAUUCCGAGGCGUCCAAUUCUGGCGAUUUUUAUACUCGGCCAGCCUGUCGUCUACCGCGCUUCCGAAACUCAGCACAGAGACAUCCGCUUCGUGCAAUUGACGCUUUUGGAGUUUUGCGAGAAAUCUACGCAGGACUUCCAACGUCAUCGUCCCGUUUUCUGGACUCGUCAUCGUCGCGUUUCCUGGACGUGCAUGCAGAAAUGAUGGCUAAUGAUUUGCCAUACCUUUUCCCUCGCAUGAAUAUACAAGAGCGUCAGCAAACAAGAAGAUCUCGAUCGAGAAGUCCUAUAGGAGCAGUUGAUGACACGAUUAUCUUGUCCAGUGAAGACGAAGGUAACGAUGACGUACGUAGAAACCCAAGGCGUCGAACGAGGAACGCAACCGCUCAGCGAUCCAGAUGGGAAACGUCUUCCUCCUCCCAAGAUGCAGAUCUGGCUAAUGGAAUCAGUUGGUUGAAUCCCGCUGACUCGCACUCUUUCGUGCCUUCUUCUCACCAUUCGGGCUGCUCAACUGCUGUCACUGAAACUGCUCCCACAUAUUCAUCUGUUACGCCAGGCCAAAAUUCUCAAUAUCUCGCCAACUCUUUGCCAAAUUCUUCUACGCAAUCCCAGCCUUAUCCAUCUUCCAAUAGCUCUGUUUUCGAUUUGUAUGAUAGACAAUCAUCUUUGACACCUGGAUCUAGUCCUGGAGUGAUCAAAUAUGUAGCGUCUACUUCUACUGCACAACAGGAUAACAGCAAUAACACUGGAGCAGGAGCAUCUCAGGGUGACGAAGCAGCUAAAAAGCGACCGAAGUCGUUGUUCCAUCCUGAUCCUGGAAAGAUUUUCGUUCCUGAAGACGAAGUGAAGAUAAGCGACGAAAACAAAUUGUUGGCGAAGCUAGCACGUGAGCGACUGCUUCGCCGCAGUCAAGGGAGUAGUCAAGGUAGUAGUCAAAGCACUCGAUGUGGAUCUGAAUGUUCGAUGGAUACAUCGGCCAGGAAUGAGGUCAAUAAUAUCGAUGCAGCAUCAACAAAUUCGGCGCAGGCUCACUCUGUUGAGCAGUCAGGAGCGAAUACCCCUGCCGGAAAUGACGAUACACCGAUUGUGGAAGUGGUUGACGUUUCUUCUUCGCCAAUUCUCAUAGAGGAGAAUGUGCCGGAUGACGAAAGAAAAUCUAAAAAAAAAACAACAAGAAAGCACAAAACCAUGUCAUGGAAAUCGUUGUUCAAGAAGUUUCGGCGGAAGCUGAAGCGGGAAAAGAAUACGAAAAAGCGAAAAAGAGCAUACGAUUUUGUCAUGGAUAUGAAACAAAAACUGGAGAAGGAUUUGCCGAAAAACUACCGAGUUGAAGACAGGAACGAUGAUGACCGAGACGUCGGAGCACGAACCAAUUCGUUUAGCACGAAACGUCGAAAACCUGAUGAAGAUGCUUUUCGAAAACGGUCAUCUUCGGACUCAGCAGUUUUGGAAAGGGAAGAAGAUAAGUUUGAACGCUCAAAGCAGUCAGACUCCUCCGACGAAUCUUCAUCUCACCGACAUCGUAGAGAUGACAGUAGGGGAGAAAAUGAUAGGAUGUCAUCAUCAUCAGCAAGUGUCAAGUCCAGAAAACAUAGGAGCAGUAGCGAGCAUUUGUCAACAAAUCCUCUUAGUCCAUCCGCUUCAUCAUCGAGUCGCUCUAGAGCAUCCAGUUUUCCACACAAAAGCUCCAAGCAUUAGGAACAAGCUUUUAGAAAAUUUAAUCAAUACUGUUUCGUAAAUAGGUUUUUGAGAUUAGUUUUACUUACAAUAUUGAUUUUACAUACGGUUUCAUAUAGGCCUACCACUUCUACAGAAAAAUUUGAAGCUAUUUAUAUAUGUGUGAAUAAUUGAUGACCUUUUUAUUAGCUUGCUGUUCUGUAUACGCAUCUACGCAUCUUUUCCAUUGGGAGCAAGCAAGAUUAUGUUUAGAAUUCUAUAUUUGUCGCAUCUUUUAAGCUUUUCAUGCAAACGAUAUCAAGUUAGUAGGUAUCAGAAAACCAACCGGCCGCGUGCCAGCGGCAUUUUAGCGUCGUAUUGGAACCGAGUCUGCGGCACGACGCUGGAACGGCGCUGGCACAAGCAACUCUGAACGCAGCUUACGCAUUGUGGCUACUCGGAUUUCUUUUUUCUCUGUGGUCUCUUUUUGAUCACGAAUCUUUUAUGGCACCCGCCAUACUUGAUCCUCUUGAUCCGCCUAAUCCACUUGAUCCGC